AUGGUUGGAGUUAGUUGUCGAUGCUGCAUCAGGGCAUUUUCGGAUAUCGGUGAUGCGAGCUGGGGUAAGACCUUGGGACAGGACCCUGGCCGUUGGAAGUGA